AUGUCUCUACCCAAAAUCCAAAUAGAAGAGGCACUGGACAGCCUGGAUGGCAGCUCUGGAGGUGCUGCUCCUCCUGAUGACCACCUGAGGAGCCUCAAGGCAUUGACAGAGAAGCUGAGACUGGAGACCAGGCGUCCAUCCUACUUGGAGUGGAAGGCAAAGCUGGAGGAGCAGGCAUGGAAGAGCCCUCAGCCUGCAGGAGUGGAGGAAGUGAUCGAGGACAAAAAGACCACUGGGGAGACUGUUCCCUUGAGGAAGGUGCAGCUGCAUCUCAAUGGAAGCUCUGUCCAGGACAAGGUGACUCUUACCUCAGGGAGAAUAAGUGGCUUUGAGAGCAUUGAUGAAGCUUUGACGUGGCUCAGGAAGGAACUGGCAGAGAUGCGCCUGCAGGACCAGCAGCUGGCCAGGCAGCUCAUGCGCCUCCGCAGCGACAUCAACAAGCUGAAGAUCGAGCAGACCUGCCACCUGCACCAGCGCAUGCUCAACGAUGCCACGUACGAGCUGGAGGAGAGGGACGAGCUCUCUGACCUCUUCUGUGACUUCCCCCUUGUCAACUCCUUCAGCCUCUCCACGCCGCUCAAGCUCAUUGGAGUCACCAAGAUGAACAUCAACUCCCGCCGGUUCUCGCUGUGUUGA